CGGCAACCCGCGUUAAUGUCCAGAUUAGGAGAUGCCGGCCGUUCCGUGGGGAUUUCCAAGAGAGCGCGAACAAGAAGAAGACGAAGAAGAGAUAGAAGAAGAAGGAGGAGAGAAGGAGAACGACGAUGACGGCGAUGACGAGGAGCGACGCGUCGCGGCGCGCAAACGGCGUCGCCGCCGUUCUCACCCAAAGACGCACGGCGUCGCGGCCGUUCGCACUUCCUGGUCGCGUACCACCACCCGCGCGCCCAGAAGUGAGGCGUGGGCAGCGACCGCUGGCCAGCCCUGAAGGCGUCCCGCGUGCCCAUCUUCGGUAGCGUAGCGCACCGCGCCGCGGACGUUAUAUCUGGCGUCGCGACGCCUUCGGGCCUCAGCCGCUCCUCAGCCGCCCGUCAAUUCACAACCCACCCCCACGAAAAACUAAAAUAGCAGCAAUAUGUGUGACGACGAAGUAGCUGCCCUGGUCGUAGACAAUGGCUCCGGUAUGUGCAAGGCCGGUUUCGCCGGAGACGACGCUCCCCGCGCCGUCUUCCCUUCGAUCGUCGGUCGCCCGAGACAUCAGGGUGUGAUGGUCGGUAUGGGUCAAAAAGACAGCUAUGUAGGCGAUGAAGCCCAGAGCAAGAGAGGUAUCCUGACUUUGAAAUACCCGAUCGAGCACGGUAUCAUCACCAACUGGGAUGAUAUGGAGAAGAUCUGGCAUCACACCUUCUACAACGAAUUGCGUGUCGCUCCUGAGGAACACCCUGUUCUCCUCACCGAAGCGCCCCUGAACCCGAAAGCUAAUCGCGAGAAGAUGACGCAAAUUAUGUUCGAAACCUUCAACAGCCCGGCUAUGUACGUCGCUAUUCAAGCCGUCCUCUCCCUGUACGCCUCCGGGGCUCUCUUCCAGCCUUCCUUCUUGGGUAUGGAAUCCUGCGGUAUCCACGAGACCGUGUACAACUCCAUCAUGAAGUGCGACGUCGACAUCCGUAAGGAUCUCUAUGCCAACAACGUUCUCUCUGGUGGUACCACCAUGUACCCGGGUAUCGCCGAUCGUAUGCAGAAGGAAAUCACCGCCCUCGCACCCUCGACCAUCAAGAUCAAGAUCAUCGCUCCUCCCGAGAGGAAAUACUCCGUAUGGAUCGGUGGUUCCAUCCUGGCUUCCCUGUCCACCUUCCAGCAGAUGUGGAUCUCCAAGCAGGAAUACGACGAGUCCGGCCCUGGCAUCGUCCACCGCAAAUGCUUCUAAGCGCGUCGUCACACGAUCAUCGACGCAACGACGUCACUUUCGAAAGAACAUCGUUUUAUCUCGGGGAGAAUGCACGGCUAGCACGUCGUUCUGCUCCGAGCGAUCAAGCUGCUACGAGAAAAUCUUAUCAGAGUAUCAUCAUCAACUCUCAAUCAUCAUUGGAUCUCAUCGAAUCUUCAUCACAGUCUGGCUCAUCGUUGCUCAAACAACGACGGCCCGGCUGAUCAUCCUCGUCGCCGCAGCCUUUUCGAAAACUGCGCGCGACAGCAUCAUUGCUCACUUGGCGUUAUCAUCAUCGGCCGAGGUAGCGGUCGGCGGUAUUGGCUCUCGUCACAGGACCUCGCUCGUGGUAGCCUGGACGUUGCUGAGCGUCAGAAAGGAUUCUCGCUGUACACGGAGGGACGCUACCAAGUGUAUCUUUCGAUCGCGAAAGGGACAUUCUGGGCUUGAUUAAGGACACACGGCUUGGCAACGAGUUUCGAGACUACUUCGGGAAGGCUACGCUUUAUUUACUGUUGCACUGAGCGUCUUUUACCACCGUCUAAGCGUACCACAAAUGAUUAUGUCUAGUCUGCUAACCAAAGCAACUAAACUCUACCGAUGUACUUCUAUACUUUAAUUUAUUUUGUAAAUAUACUAUAUAUUACUAUGUUGUUAUACGAUGUCGGUCAAUUCAAAUACACAUUAUCUCACAUUAUA